AAACCAUGCAACAAACUGCCAGAAAUGAUGAGAUAUGAAAUAGGUUUAUAUAACUGUUUUUAGAAAAAUAUGUAAAAUAUCACUUUCGCAACUACCAAAGUUUGGUCAAUGACUUUAUCGAAACACGAUACUUCAUACAAACUUCAACCUAAUAAAAUAUGGAAAAGCUACAAAAACCACAAAUAAUCUGUCAUCAGCAACAAACUUUAGACUAUGCGGUUCACGAUGUUAAGUGGAUGCCGUGUUCCUCAAAAUUUGUUGCUGUUGGGGGAAAAUCAAAUGGGUCUGGAAUCGUGCAGAUAUAUUCUUUGACUGGUGAAGGUAUUGAGAAAAAGAGCGAAUUUGGGAAGAAAGAGCAUUUCAAAUGUUGUACCUUCGAUGCUUCAAGUCUCAGAAAUCGACAUCUGGCUACUGGAGAUUUUUGCGGAAGGCUGCAAGUCUGGGAUUUGGAGGACACCCUUGUUCCCGUAUAUAAAAGUACAGUCCAUAAAGCUGUGAUAAAUGCCAUAGACGGAGUUUCGGGAAACAAUUCUGGCUGUGGAGCUCCUGAAAUUGCAACAGCUUCCAGAGAUGGGUCCGUCUUGGUUUGGGAUGUCCGCCAGAAAGACAUGCCAGUGGCUAAAUUUGUAGCAGCCGAGGAGUCUUCAACAAGAGACUGUUGGUCGGUAGCCUUUGGAGACUCUUACAAUAAUGAUGAAAGGGUCUUAGCAGCUGGGUAUGAUAAUGGAGAUAUAAAGAUAUUCGAUUUAAAAAACAUGAAGGUGCGAUGGUCGAAGUGUGUUAAAAAUGGGGUUGUUGGACUGCAGUUCGAUAGAAAAAGCAUACCGAUGAACAAACUAGUGGCCACCACGUUAGAGUCAAAAAUCUAUUGCUUUGACGUGCGGACGCACCAUCCCAAAAAGGGUUUCGCUUACGUCACAGAGAAAUCCCACGACUCCACGGUGUGGUCCGUAAAGCAUCUCCCGCAAAACAGGGAAGUAUUCAUGACCACUGGAGGUUCUGGAUCUCUGUGUUUGUGGAAAUACAAUUACCCAUUGAAGAGGGUAGAAAAAGAUUCAGAUGGAUUGAGCUAUGGUGUGGCAGGUGAAAUGAAUCUGAUACAGAACUGCACCUUAACAGAACAGCCAAUUACAUCGUUUGAUUGGUGCGUCGAUAAGAUCGGGCUAGCUGUUUGUUCAUCUUUCGAUCAAUCUAUACGAGUUCUUAUCACCACAAAGCUUCAUCUGUAUUGACAGCCAAGACUUAAUAAUAUUAUAUGUUUAUAUUAUUGGAUAUGAACGAGAUAAAGGUUUUUCU